GUAUUUGAAACUGUGUUCAUGCAUAGCAGAAUGAAGAUAGAAUGGAAAAAUCAGACUUUCAUAAGCAUUUUUUUAUUUUUGAAGAUUUUCUUAAUUUUUUUUUUAAACAAAUUCUUGAAAAACAAUUGUUUAAUGAUUUUUUUCAACCAAAAAUUGUUUAUUUUUUGCAACUGAAUUCAGUUUGAAUGUUGUCAUCGUAACGCAUGGAAUUGUGUUGGAUCGAUUGAGCACGAGUUUCACCGUUUCUGGUGGCACUUUGAGUGUGUACGAAAAUAUUCGAUUGAAUCAAGACGGAAACAUUUUUUUCAAACAAUGCCACCGAAAAAGAAGAAGGGAACCGCUGUUAUCGAUGGCGUUGAUACGUCGUCCAUGACACGUGAUCAGCUCGAAAAGUUUUCGCACAAUCUCAAAAAUGAAGUCGAAAAGGAGCGUGAGGAACGGAAUUAUUUCCAAUUGGAACGUGACCAGUUGCGAACAUUUUGGGAAAUCACGAAAAAUCAAUUGGAAGAUGCAAAGCUGGAGAUAUUGGCGAAAGAGCGUGAGGUUGAAAUGGCACAAGAGCAAGCCGAACUGGAUGUUAAGCACAUUGCCCAACAAAUGAAGCAUCUACAGUACGAGAAUCAGAAUCGAAUCGCUGAAAUACGUGCCGAGAACAUGACACAAUUGAAAUUGGCACAAGAAGACCAUGGAUUACAAGAGCUAGAACUAUUGAAUGAUAAACGAGAACUGAGACGAUUACUACGUGAAAAAGAUGAAAUGACUGAGCUGCAAAUACAACAAUUGAAAAUGGAACAAAGCGAAGAGCUAAGCAAAGAACGAAGACACUUUCAGCAGCAGCUCCGCAAAAUGACCGAAUUGUACGAAGGACGACUGCAGCAAUACAUUCAUGAGUCCGAAACCAAGCACAAAAUGGAAAUGGAUGAAAUUGAUGAGCGAAAGAGUAAUCAAAUUAUGAAACUUAUUAAAGAGCACGAAGAGUCGCUGGCAGACAUUCGAAACUACUACAAUGACAUUGUUCAAAGUAAUCUAACGUUAAUUGGUAGUCUUAAGGAGCAAAUGCAGGAAUUAAGUACACAAUUGGAGAAAAGUGAACAUCAACUGAAAAAGGUCACAGCAGAGAAUCGAAAGUUGGCCAAACCAUUGCAAGAGUCACAAAUUGAAUUGACUGAUUUACGUAAAAAACUCGAGCAUUUCAACAAAGAGCGUUCGGCAUUGUCUCGCGUCCGCUUGCAGAGUGCCGCAUCAACGAAGGAGCUAACGGCAGUGAAGUGGGAAAUGGAGGCGCUUCGAAUGAGAUGCGAUGCAAUUGCCGUAGAACGAGACGAGUUGAAGAAACGUUUUGGUGAGAUUAUGAUUGAAAUGCAACAGAAGACUGGACUGAAAAAUGUGCUACUUGAACGAAAAUUGACACAGCUUAAAAAAGAAUACGAACGCUUGGAAAUGGUUUUCGGUGAAGUACUCAAAGUCACCGGUCUUGAGCCGCAGGAUCUAUGUACAAAAGUCGAAAAUUAUUUGCGCCAGAAAAAUGAACGCAUCGAACAGUUGGAGUAUGAACUGGCUCGUGUGGCAAAAUGCUAUGGCAAUUUACUUGAAUCGUACGAAACACAAUUGGAACGAUCUGGUAUACCAAAAGAUAGCCAUGAAUUUCAUUCGGUUCACUGUAUCGCUCCGCUUUUAUUCAGAAAAGAUUCAAGGGAAAUUGCCGCACCAACACCAACUACAUAACGAGAAUAUUUCCGUUUUGAAUUAUUCAUUGAAACAAAUCGAACAAAAGUGUUCCAUCUUCAAAGUCAUAUUUGAAUUUUCAAACCGCGUUCAAUUGCGUCUGCCUGGGAAUACUGACCGAAGCGCGCUCUGGUGUUCGGACUUUCAACGUUGCUGACACAGUGUGACGUUUACUCGAUAGGAAAACAUAACAAAUUGAAGUCUUUAUCAAACAACACCGAUUUGUCAUCUGAAAUAAAAUUGUGAUUUUUCUAACAUUCUAAA